UUAUUCUUGAAAAAUUAUGUCGGUUUGCCGCAGAACUCUUCUGUUGAGAUUGUCACUUUGCACGUUGUAUAUAAUCUGUAUUUUUAUUAUCGCCCGGCAAAUAUUUCGUGCCAAUGACAAUUCCAAGAGUUACAAGGAUCAGCUGCCAUUUCCAAGAGAUGAUAAUAAUUCGCAGAGACAAAAAGAUGUGGAUAUCGCAUUACAAAGGUUACAGAAGGAAAGGUACGAGGAACAGAUAUUAAAAUUGGAAUAUAAUGUUGUACCUGGACUUGGAGAAAAUGGAGAACCCGCUUAUCUAUAUGGAAAGGAUAAGUUUCGAGGUGAAGCGGCUUUGAAGAAGAAAGCUUUGAAUAUUGUUCUUUCAAAUAAGAUAUCAUUGACCAGAAAAUUACCAGAUAUACGUAACCCACUAUGUGCAAAUCGUACAUAUGACAAAUUAUUACCAAGUGCUAGUGUAAUAAUUAUUUUUUAUAACGAACCAUGGAGUGUUCUGCUGCGUACGGUACACAGUGUCUUGAAGGGUUCUCCACCACAUUUGUUGAAAGAAAUUAUUUUGGUCGACGAUCAUAGUGAGGAAGAAGACCUUCAGGGACAACUGAAUUAUUAUCUUUCAACACGUCUACCUGCAAAAGUAAAAUUACUGAGAUUAUCAUAUAGACAGGGACUGAUACGUGCUCGUCUUCAUGGAGCUAGGCAUGCUAAGGGCGAUGUUCUCGUUUUCCUGGAUGCACAUUGCGAAGUUAUCAAAGACUGGUUACAACCAUUGCUACAGCGAAUAAAGAAUAAUAAAAACGCUGUAUUAAUGCCAAUAAUUGAUAAUAUUUCCGAGGAGACACUAGAAUAUUUUCAUGAAAAUGAAUCAUCCUUUUUUCAAGUUGGUGGAUUUACAUGGUCGGGUCAUUUCACGUGGAUAAAUAUUCAAAAACACGAGAUGAAAUCUCGUUCCUCUUUUAUAUCACCAACUAGGUCUCCUACUAUGGCAGGUGGUUUGUUUGCUAUUAAUAGAAAAUAUUUUUGGGAAAUUGGUAGUUAUGAUGAUAAAAUGGAUGGUUGGGGAGGUGAAAAUCUGGAGAUGUCCUUCAGAAUUUGGCAGUGUGGUGGCACAUUGGAAAUAAUUCCUUGUUCUCGAGUCGGUCAUAUAUUUCGCAACUUUCAUCCAUAUAAAUUUCCAAAUGAUAAAGAUACUCAUGGAAUAAAUACUGCUCGUUUAGCGUUUGUGUGGAUGGAUGGAUAUAAGAGAUUAUUUUUGCUACAUCGAAGUGAGUUUAAGGAUAAUCCAAAACUCAUUGGCGAUAUAAGCGAACGUUUGGAGUUGCGUAAAAAGCUUAAAUGUAAAAGUUUCAAAUGGUAUCUCGAUAAUAUUUAUCCAGACAAAUUUAUUCCUGAUGAAAAUGCAGUGGCAUAUGGCCGUGUCAGAAUGCGCGGUAAACAACUAUGCCUAGAUAAUCUACAACACGAGGAAGAUAAACCAUACAAUUUAGGUUUAUACAGUUGUCAUACUAAAUUAUAUCCAAGUCAGUUUUUCUCGUUGAGCAAUUCUGGCGAAUUACGAAAGGAAGAGACUUGUGCGAUAUUAGACGACAAUCAAAAGUCAUAUGCACAAAUUCAAAUGACUGAGUGCAAUAAUGAAAUCGAUGGAAAAGACUGGAUAUUAACAAAUGAUGGCAGAAUAAUACAUGUAGAAAGUGGCCUUUGCCUCGAUGGUACUGGACUACAUAGCGAAGAAAAUGUACGAGCGACUAACUGCGCAAAUGUACCGGGUCAGUUUUGGAAAUUUGAUUUUUACAAUAAUAAAAUGUUAUCUACAUAGUAUUUAUUAUACGUACUCGUCAGUACAUACUCUAUUAAUUGUAUAUUAAUGAAUUAAAAGUUUUUACUAUUUCUGCUA